GGCCAUCCCACGAGAUUUCAUUGUAGUAGUAGUCUACGUUACUGGAUGACAGAAAUACUCUAAGUUGACCUUAGUCCAACACGUUCAUCGUCAUUUGGUUCGAAAUGCGCUCCAUUUCGCGCUCGUACUGGUUGUCUUGUUGCGCUUGGCAUGUCCCAAACCCCAUGGCGGCUUGUUGCUUUUGGUGGUGGCUUUUCACCGCAGCAUCCUGAGACAAUAUCGCAGAAAACCCCGGCGGUGGGAGCACGCUGCCGCCGGCCUUGGAAGGAGGAGGGGGCUGGAGCGCGGAAAGGGGGGAAGGACGGUCUUCGGUGGCGGCCAUCGCCGAGAUGAAAAGCAUGCGCACCGCCAGGGGCGGUACUUUCUCGGCAGCAAACUCGCGCUGGGAUAGUGCCAGCACGGCCACCGCGUUGAUGUGGCCGGUCAUGACGUGGCGUCGAAUGGCCGACGCCGUCAGCGUCGGGUCUCGCAGGAACGCCAUCAGGUCCGCUUUGGUCACGAUUCUAGGACUGCUCGGGGGCUGCUCGAUGGUGGUAGGGAUGUUGUUGUCGUCGUGUUGUUGCUGCUGGUUGUUGUUGUUGUUGGGUUCUUCGCCACUGUAGAUGGAAGCGGUAUGGCGGAUGCUCUGGUCGUCUGCACAAGUCAAAGUCGGUUCGGUCACAUGCGUCCAGUCGCUGUCGUUGGUCUCUGGGCAAUCCUCCUCUAAAGUGUACUCGAGAUGUGGUAAAUCAGCAGGAAUGCCUGCGGGGUCAGUAUCAGGCACAGCGGGGGCAAUAUCAGGCACAGCGGGGGUCGUAUCAAACACUAGUGGGAAGGAAUCAGGCACCGUGGGGGCAGAAUCAGGUAUAGAAGGGAGGGGGGUAUCAGGUUCAGUGGGGACGGAAGCAGGCGCCAUUGGAGUCGUAUCAGGCACAAGGUGGGACACAGUAUCACAGAACGACUCGUUCGUGUUGGGAAUGAGUGGUGCAAUGUUGCAGGUAGAUGGUCGUUUGCGGUUAGGAUGAACCAAGCAACACGUGUGAGAGUCCUGUUGCACGGCGGUCGGAAGGCGCAGCGUGGGGGGACGGAUGUGGUAGCUGGCAGCUUCGAAUGUGUGGACCGGAGGUGCGGCGCUGGGCGGCGAUGGGGCAGGGGUCGUCCGUUCGCAGGUUUUAGGACUGCGCAGGAGAUUCGCAAAGUACUGGGGCGGGCCCUUCUUGGGGGGUGCUUUUUGCUUGGGUCGUUUGGUUGCCUUGGCGACGGAAAAGCCUGUCGGUGAUGGGGUGUGGCAUUUGAUUCCGUCGUCGUUUGGAUGGAUGUAGACGUAGUAGAGCCGUCCGGUGGUGACCGCGCCUGCGAGCGUGAAUGCCCAUGUGAGUCCUGCCACGACGAGACUGACGACCGAGUGUUGAUCCCAUCCCCAUAGAAGCACCGUGCGAAGAAGAAGGCUGUGGGUUUGUUGCACGAUCCAAUGAAGGACGACCCAGAUCAUGCCGUCGGGAUGGAAAAUGAAGCUCGUGAGAGACAGAAACGUGAGCCACGCGAGGUAGCGAGACAGCUUGGACUUAUCGGUCCGUUUGUUUGGUGGGGGCGCCGCCGACGCCGCCGCGAGGCCGAGCGGCACCAGAAGCGUAUGCAGUGGAGCCAUGCGAUCGGUUGAGAAAUAGACGAGGAG